UUCCAAUUCAAGAUCGCGAUUGUUUAGGGACGGGAGGUCACCAGGAUUUCUUGUUGCGGACGGAGCUGGGGAGAUGGCCCCGUAUUAAGCUCUCUGGUUGGACCUCGGAUAGAAGCACGCUAAAACGCAGAAUCAUUCAAACGCCUUUUUUCCCACUCUUCUUGGUUACGGUAUUACGAGUUGCUUCUACUGCUGCACGCCUCGGAGCACGAGAGGUAGUUGACGAAUGGAGGAAACGAGAAGCUGCACGUGUGCAAGAAGGUGAAGAUGAGAAGAGAGGAGAGAGACACGUAUACACCAAACCGAAUGGUGGUCAGAAGCGAAGUAUCGUGACUUCUGGAAGAAAUUCUAAGGAAGAAGGCAGGACAGCCGAAAGGGAAGAGGAGAGAAAACGCACAACAGACAGCCUUAUGCUGCAGUUUACCUUUCUGCGACUCCUCGCCAGACAGAAGAAACAGUGAGUUUUGGACGACAAACCCUCUGUAUGGGUUAAGAGAUGGCCUGAGCAUAUUGCAUCCAGUGGAGCAACUGUUCGCACACAUACAGUGUCACUGUCCUUUGCGAAGCUCUGCUCCGUUGUAGCUUGUACCGGAUGAAAGCUGGAAUGACUCAACCCACCUUAUUUAUGUACACCAAGAAACAUAGGUGGGACACUAACAGCUCCAAUAUAAUUGGCGUGAAUGUCGUUCACGCAUGAGAUUUGGAAGUGGAGCACGAAAUCCCAGGACUGAACCGUACGCGAAUCGCUCCAUGCUGAAAUCAGCUGCUCCUCUCCACGUAUUAUAGCAAAGCAGCAAGGGCACAGACGGCUGUCCAGUUGGAACGGAAUCAAGUCAAUUGCUCACAGGACCGUGGAAGCGACUCUGUCAUUGACGGAUGUGAUCAUGUUUCGUGUGGGUAAAGUCGUUGAAGAUUCGUUGUUUUGGAACUGCUGCACAUGUUUUCUCGCUUUAGCCUUCUCAUGGGAGAGUUCCUUUACCACUUCCGCCCCAUUUUGCAUCUGAUUCUUCUCCGCCGUGCCUUCCGCCAACCAGAGAGACGAUGGAGGGGAAUGGCCGGCACUAGUCUGUUCGAGGGAUUGUGGCUUCCUUGGGUUGUUGCUCUCGUUAUGGAUAUUCUGAGUUACAACCUUGUCCAGAAAGGUCUCGUUCAAGAGUGGGGAGAACCCCAGUGCGAACGGGGAGCAACGGCUUCGAGACACCCUGUUGACGAAAGAGGCUAUCCGCUAUCGACGGCCGAAAAUUUCGAGCAGGCAGAACUCCAGAACCGCACAGUGGAGGCCUUUCUGGUGUACAGGCACCUCUACUUCACCACGUCGGGAACUUGAAGAACAUGAUCAUUACUUAUUAUGGUGAGCCGAACCACUUAGCGUGGAUUCCAGAAGAAGGAAUCUUCGAAUUAUCGAGAAAUGGAUGGGCCUGAAAAGACCCAGCCAUGCUGUAUUUGUUGCUGAUAUAAAGACGAUAAAAGUUGGUGACCAGUCAUCUUUGUUCCAGACCAACAGGGCAUGAAAGGAACAGUGACCGGCAAGCUGAAAUAGUAACUGUUUCGGGGAAGCGCCACAAGUGCGAAACCAACGGAGGAGCACACAACGCCCUGUCUGCAUCAUGUAUGAUACUAGACAAAUUUGGAAACUGCGACAGUCAUCUGCAACGACUGAUUUCCACAGUGCAUCGCGGCGUUCAGGGGCCUGUCGGAAACAAAUGAACAACGUAAUCUAUGCUGCACAUCGUUUAAAGGAGGCUCCCGACCACAAUGCGUGAUUGCAGAGAAUGGCAAAAGCGUAUAUAAACGGCAGCCUAUGGAUUUUUUAAAACUCUUGCCUUCCCAGAAACGCCGCUGCAUGAAAGUUCACUGAUGUAUGUUAACCUCGAUCACAUUCGGCGUCUCUGCAUCUGAAUAACGUGCUUUUGACGGACGACCUGACAAUCCUUUCGACAUAACACCAACGC